AUGUCAGACGCUCUUUCCGUGAUUCCGUCCGCCGUUCAUCGCAAUCUCUCCGAUAAACUCUACGAGAAGCGCAAAAAUGCUGCCCUUGAUCUUGAGAACGCAGUGAAGGCUUUAAUAACUGCCGGUGACCAUGACAAGAUCUCCAAAGUCAUCCACAUGUUGAUCAAGGAGUUUACUAAGUCCCCUCAAGCUAAUCAUCGCAAGGGUGGACUUAUUGGCUUAGCUGCUGUAACUGUUGGUUUGUCUUCAGAAGCUGCUCAAUAUCUUGAGCAAAUAGUGCCGCCUGUGAUUAACGCCUUUAAUGAUCAAGAUAGCCGAGUUCGCUACUAUGCAUGUGAAGCUCUCUAUAACAUUGCUAAGGUUGUUAGAGGGGAGUUCAUUUUUUUCUUCAAUGAUAUUUUCAAUGCUUUAUGCAAACUCUCAGCUGAUUCUGAUGCUAAUGUCCAAAGUGCUGCUCAUCUUUUAGAUCGCCUUGUUAAGGUAUGGAUAUUUUCUCUUUACAAGCGUGCUAUUGAGGAAUUCAUACCUCUGUUAAAAGAUCGCAUGAACGUUUUGAACCCUUAUGUUCGACAAUUUCUGGUAGGAUGGAUCACUGUUCUUGACAGUGUUCCCGACAUUGAUAUGCUUGGAUUUUUGCCGGACUUUCUUGAUGGGUUGUUUAAUAUGUUGAGCGAUUCUAAACAUGAAAUACGGCAGCAGGCUGAUUCGGCUCUCUCAGAGUUUCUUCAAGAGAUCAAAAAUUCACCAUCUGUAGAUUAUGGUCGCAUGGCUGAAAUACUGGUGCAGAGGGCUUCUUCUCCUGAUGAAUUCACUCGACUAACAGCCAUCACGUGGAUAAGCGAGUUUGUAAAACUAGGGGGUGACCAGCUGGUGCGUUACUAUGCUGAUAUUCUUGGAGCUAUCUUACCUUGCAUAUCUGACAAAGAAGAAAAAAUCAGAGUGGUUGCUCGUGAAACCAAUGAAGAACUUCGUUCUAUCCAUGUUGAACCCUCAGAUGGUUUUGAUGUUGGUGCAAUUCUCUCUGUAGCAAGAAGGCAGCUAUCAAGCGAUCAUGAGGCUACUCGAAUUGAAGCAUUGAAUUGGAUAUCAACACUUUUAAACAAGCAUCGUACUGAGGUUUUGUGCUUCCUGAAUGACAUAUUUGACACACUACUAAAAGCACUGUCUGAUUCUUCUGAUGACGUGGUGCUCUUGGUUCUGGAGGUUCAUGCUGGUGUAGCAAAAGAUCCACAGUACUUCCGCCAGCUCGUUGUCUUUCUAGUCCACAAUUUUCGAGCUGAUAAUUCUCUAUUGGAAAGGCGUGGUGCUCUUAUUGUCCGGAGAUUGUGUGUACUUUUGGAUGCUGAAAGAGUUUAUCGAGAGCUCUCAACUAUUCUUGAGGGAGAAGAUAAUCUCGACUUUGCUUCAACCAUGGUUCAGGCGUUGAAUUUGAUUUUGCUUACAUCCCCGGAGUUAUCAAAACUAAGAGAUCUUUUAAAAGGUUCACUCGUGAAUCGCGAAGGGAAAGAACUUUUUGUUGCCUUGUACGCAUCAUGGUGCCACUCACCUAUGGCAAUUAUAAGUCUCUGCUUAUUAGCUCAGGCUUACCAGCACGCGAGUGUCGUGAUUCAAUCAUUAGUAGAAGAAGACAUAAAUGUCAAAUUUCUCGUACAGCUCGAUAAAUUGAUCCGGCUUCUCGAAACUCCAAUCUUUACUUACCUUAGAUUGCAGCUUCUGGAACCAGGAAGAUACACAUGGUUGCUGAAAACACUUUAUGGUCUUCUAAUGUUACUUCCACAGCAAAGUGCGGCGUUUAAGAUACUUCGGACAAGGCUCAAAACUGUCCCAACAUACUCAUUCAGUGGCGGAGGCCAAAUAAGCAGAGCGUCUUCAGGAGUUCCUUUCUCGCAGUAUAUGCAUCACCGCGAGGAUGGUGACGCAGAAGACAAUAACGUCAACAGUUCUCAUCAAGGAAUCAAUUUUGCUGCACGGCUGCAACAGUUUGAGAACGUACAGAAUCAGCAUCGUGGCCAGGCAAGGAAUAAAGUGAACUACUCAUAUAACUCAUCAUCCUCUUCGACAUCAAAGGAGGUGAGGAGUUCUGAAGAACAACAGCAACAACAACAACAUAAACCGCCACCUUCCGCGGUAUCAUCAUCAAUUGCAGACACCAAUCGACCUCCAUCAAGAUCCUCAAGGAAAGGACCUGGUCAGUUACAGCUUUAA